AACUCAAACUAGAUAAAGAACUCGAUCAUACGGUUUAAAGGACUAGCUUAAGAAGAGAAGCGGGCGAUAUAAACACAGUGCGUAGGCCACGUGAAAAGGAUAGGUCAAGACGAAUAGGAAGUAGGAAAAAAGCUUUCUUUCCAAAAGACGAAGCGAACGCGGCAGGUCGGAAGAGGAUACAAAUCUUUGAUUUGUUUAAAAAUAAAUCCAAAGAGUAUUUAAUCAAGCCGCGUAAAUUUUGUGGUAGUCGCCACAGUUUCAUCAAAGAUUUCUCUUUUCUCUCCAAACUACAAAUAUCAUCAUUUGCUGAGCGAUCGAGCACGCUAAAAGGGUAAGGUGAAAAGGCAAGGCGAUCGAGCAACGAAGCAUAGGACCAGCAAAGUUAACCGAUCCCAGUAAUCACCGAACAAGCGGCGAUCCAGCGAAACAGGACGUUGAAUUUGUAGGAGAAAACAAAUCCAUGGAAGGCAAGGAUCAAGCCAGAGAGAGCGAGACGCCGAAAGUUGCAGCAUGAGCGACAGAUGCGUGAGAUAGAGUUGGCACACGAGAGAGAGAUGGCCGAGAUGCGAUUUGAAUUCGAACGUAAAAGUGCGAUAGCAAAACGAUCAUCGCGAGAACGUGUUACCAGUGAACGUAGUGACUCUUCCGAAGGAGAAGAAGAGGAAGAAGAAGGAAGACGAGAAAAGGUGAAUGUGCGUAAAAGUUCAAAAAUACUAAGUCGGAGUCAAGUGCAAGCCAGGAAGUUUAUGCCAAAAAGUCUUCCAAGCUUUGAUGGGAAACUCGAAAAUUGGCCGUUGUUCUAUAACAGCUACAAAGACACAACUGAAGCAUGCGGUUACUCGCACCUUGAAAAUCUACAACGACUAAGAGAAUGUUUAAAAGGUGACGCAUUAGAAGCGGUAAGAAGCCGUUUGCUAGAACCCGAAUCAGUUCCCGGUGUAAUAGAAGACCUGCGCUGUCUAUUCGGUAGGCCAGAAAGGCUACUAAAAUCGUUGCUAACUAAAGUGCGAAAUACUCCACCGCCCGACGCCAACAAACUUGUAACGUUUAUAACAUUCGGAAUCGCGGUUAAGCAAUUGUGCGAUCAUCUAAGGGCAGCGCAAUUAGAAGAGCACCUAAAUAAUCCGCUCUUAGUAGAUGAGCUUGUAGAGAAGCUUCCUGCUGACUACCAGAUGCAGUGGGUACGAUACAAACGAUACAAUUGUGGAAGGGUAUUAGGCGUGUUUGCGAACUUCAUCGAUGAAAUUAUGACCGAUGCGUCGGAAGUGGCAAAGUUCGAAGAAAAAAAGGAUGAAAGGCAUAGAACACAUAAACGGCAAGUGCAAGCAAACGUGUUCGCACACUCUGAGAUGACAGACCAGUCCGCGAAGAUGAAAACAUGCUGGAUGUGCAAGAGUGAGCAACAUAGGGUGCGUGAUUGUGACAAGUUUAAAAGCAAUGCGGUUUCAGGACGACUAGAGCUAGUAUCGAAGCUGAACCUAUGUAAAUCAUGCCUUAACAGCCAUAAAGGAACAUGCCGAUUCACCAAAAGAUGCACCUUUGACAACUGUAAUGAAGAACAUCAUCCAUUAUUGCACCAACAAAAAGCAGAGAAUGCAAAUGAAGGCUGUAAUGCUCAUAGAGACACAAGAAAGGAGACGAUUUUCAGAGUAGUAGCAGUGACACUACGUGCAGGUGACAUAACUUACGAUACAACGGCGUUUUUAGAUGAAGGGUCGUCGGUGACGAUGUUAGAAGACGGCGUUGCAGAUAAGCUACAAGUGAAAGGCGAUCACGAACCAUUUACCAUUUCGUGGACAGCUGAAAUGACACGUCGUGAAGAGAACUCGAGGAAAGUGAAUAUUCUGCUAUCGGCUACAGGAUCGCCCGAGCAGUUUGAGCUAAGAGGAAUACGCACGGUGUCAAAACUCGUGAUACCGAAGCAAGAAUUAUCGCUCACGAAGGUUAAGGCGCAAUAUGAGCAUCUUAAAGAUAUUCCUAUUCAAGACAAAUGCGCGAAAGUUCCUAGAAUGCUCAUAGGUUUGGACCAUCUGCAUUUAUUUGCGCCAAUCGAAUCCCGGAUAGGUCAGCCUAAUGAACCUAUAGGUGUGAAAACAAAACUAGGCUGGACAAUCUACGGACCAAAACCAGAAAAGAAACCACAAGUCGAAUAUAUACAUUUCCACACGACCGGUCAAAUCUCGAAUGAAAAGUUACAUGACGUGAUACGAGAUUGUUACAGAAUCGAAGAAAGCGGAAUUUCAUCGGCGCGUGCAGUAGAAUCAGACGACGAUAGAAGAGCGCGUGAUCUAUUAGAAUCGACAACAACUAGAAUCGGAGAACGAUUUAAAACAGGUCUACUGUGGAAAAAUGGUGAAAGAAACUUUCCUGAAAGCUUCACGAUGGCUAAGCGGCGACUGGCUGGACUAGAACGCAAACUAAUGAAAGAUUCACAACUAGAACGAGCUGUGCGCAAACUGAUUGAUGAAUAUACAACGAAGGAGUACGCGCAUAAGAUCACGAAAAAGGAACUUGAAGAAACCCCAGCAAGCAGUGUGUGGUACCUUCCGCUGAAUGUAGUCCAGAAUCCUCGCAAGCCAGGGAAAAUAAGAUUGGUGUGGGAUGCAGCGGCAACAGUUCGAGGCGUGAGCUUGAAUUCGGAAUUACUAAAAGGGCCCGACAUGUUGUGUUCACUACCAUCCGUGAUUUUCCCCUUCCGUGAACGACGUAUUGGAUUCGGUGGUGACAUUAAAGAGAUGUACCACCAAAUCAAAAUCAGCGAAGAAGACAAACAGGCACAGAAGUUCCUGUUCACAGCUGGUAGUGGAGAAACAGACCCGCAAAUUUUCGUGAUGGACGUGGCGACUUUCGGAGCAACGUGUUCCCCUUGUAUUGCGCAAUACGUAAAAAACCUAAACGCGGAGCAACAUCGGGAGCAAUAUCCAGAGGCUUGUGCAGCAAUACAACUUCGUCAUUACGUUGACGACUAUUUCGACAGUGCCGAUACCGUAGAUGAAGCGUUGAAACUAGCGAAGGAUGUAAAAUACGUUCACUCGAGAGGAGGUUUUCUAAUUAGAAACUGGGUGAGCAACGCGGAAACGUUCUGUACGGACAUGGGUGAGGAAACGGCCAAAUCAAUGAUCCAUCUAAGUGACAAAUCCGGCGAAAACGCAUCUGAUCGUGUUCUAGCUUUCGAUUUGGUUGACAGUCAGAACAUCUACAAUGUCAUGGCCACGGUAACAAUAUCAACAAUAUCAAUGCUCAGUUUUGUUAAUUGA